AUGGCCGACCCGAUAUCAAUAAUAUCCGCCGUGGAUUUCUGCUUCAAGUAUGGAGCAAUUCUGGUAGAACGCUGUUCUGCUUUCGCUCAUGCAGAGUCCGAGCUUUUUGAGCGUUCGGUCCGGGUGAAGAACUAUUGGGUCCGGGCCGAGAUCCAGUUGAAGUUGGUUCGAAGUAUUGCGCACACGCUGGACGAAGAACACCAGAUAGUACAGCAAGAGACGCUAGAGCUGCUCGGAAGCAAACUGAAGAUUGCUGUCAAUAGCAUUCAAUCUGUGACUAAGACGAAGGACGUGGAUGGUCAGGAAGUGCGACAAGUGCAGCGAUGGAAGUAUACGCUACUGCAACAGAGAAUCGACGGAGCCAUCCAGGAUCUAGAAAUUUGGCAGAAGAUGUUCGACCCUUCUUGGUAUUUGAUCAUGAAGGCUGCGACCGCUCAAAUCGAUGCCGAACUGCACACAUUCACCCGUGAGGGUCCAGUCGAAAGUCGUGCUCCAAUAACCGCCGCCCAAUCGCUCAGGAUGGCUCUCGACCCUACUGCGACCGGCAAUCUUCGAAUUUUCCUUCAUGAGGAUGGCAUCAAAUCGCUUCAACUUAGUCCUCUUCCUUUGUGCUCCGCGCAACUAGCACAACGGGAAGAUCCGUCCAAAUCACUCAUCCUGGAGCGAUUUCAUCCUUCUGCAGAUGUCAACAUCAAGCAGAUCGAGAAGGAUACUCGGGAUUUGGCAAGAAAGCUCGCCCAUUCGAGCCCUACUGAAUUCGGUCUUCUGAACUGCAAAGGGGUUGUGAAGCAUUCCAGCGACGACCCAUCCUCACGCAAUCCUGCUGCAUUCACGUUCAUUUUCAGAGUGCCGACUGGCUACUCAAAUCCUCGCAGCCUUCGUAGUUGUCUUGCGGAAAUGCAGGGAACAGACUCACUCUCCGAUCGGUUCAGGUUGGCGAAUGAAUUGGCGAGAUCAGUCAGCUACGUGCACACCUUCGGAUUUGUACACAAGAACAUCCGACCGGAGACAAUCCUGCUGUUAACCAAUGAUUCAUCUGUGGGAUCAGCAUUCCUGGUCGGGUUCGACAGUUUUCGCAUGGCCGAGGGGAGAACCCUGCGCAAGGGAGCUGCGGGAUGGGAAAGAAGUCUCUACCAACACCCUAGUCGAAUGGGACAGGUCGCCGCGGAAGAAUAUAUCAUGCAGCACGAUAUCUACAGUCUGGGCGUGUGCUUACUUGAGCUAGGCCUGUGGGAAUCGUUCGUGCAGUAUGAUGACAGGACGGGGCCUCUGCCUAAUGAUGGCUCCAGUUCCAAGCCGACCAGGAAUCCCGUUUUAGGAAAUGAUCUACCAUCUGUGCUUUUCAAGGAACACCUGCUCUCCCUGGCGCGUGGGGAGCUUCGCAGCAAGAUGGGAACCCGAUAUGCUGAAGUUGUUGAAACAUGUCUCACAUGCCUGGAUCCCGAGAAUGUGGACUUUGGUGAUGCAAAUGAGUUCCAGGACGAGGAUGGGAUUCAGGUGGGAGUGCGAUAUAUCGAGAAGGUGACCAUGAAACUCAACAACAUCUGUGUUUGA